AUGAAAUCGGUCCAGUUUGCAAACGUUGAGGAACAGUAUCGAAAGUAUGCAGGUGAGCUGCGGGCAGCCGAUGUGCAGAAGCUACGCGAAUGGGUCAGCAGUCAACCGCAUCUGCCACCGGUCACCGAGUUGGAGCUGAUCCUGUUUCUUCACUCCAAUUACUACGAUCUGGAGGCGGCCCAGCGUACGAUCGAGUGCUACUACUCCUUCCGAUCGAGCUGCAAGAAUCUGUUCGGGAACCGAAACCUUGAAGCAAAUCCGAUACAAACGGCUAUGGAUGUGUUAGACCUGUCCAUACUGCCGGAACUAACUCCCGAAGGUUAUCGAGUCAUGCUGGCAAAGAUCGUGGAUCCGGACGCAAGCAAAUUUUCUCUCAGCUCCAUACUUACGUUUGCGAUAAUGUGCGUGGACAUACAACUGUGGGAGGAAGGAUGCAACAACGGUUCGGUGCUUAUCAUCGACAUGGAUGGAAUUCAUCUUGGUCAUCUCCCUAAGCUUGGUAUAUUCACGCUCAAGGAUCUGCUGUACUUCAUCCAGGAGGGAUUACCGAUACGGCUGAAGGGAUUACAUCUGGCCAAUGUGGUGCCAUUCAUCGAUCGCAUCAUGACGAUGAUCAGACCGUUCAUGAAGAAGGAGUUGCUCGAGAUGUUUCAUCUACACACCAGCAUGCAGACACUUUACCCGCACAUCCCUCAACAUCUUCUGCCGGUCGAUUAUGGUGGUACGGCAAGGCCGCGUAAAGCACUGAGAGAUGAUUUAUACAACCAUACCGUAGAGUGUGGAACCUUUCUGGCUAAAUAUGACAUGUUAAAGCGCGUGGACGAGAGCAAACGUAUCGUAAAACCGCGGACGAUGGGUAAUCUUUUCGGCUUGUUUUGAGCUUCUUUCUCUCACUUUUUGAGCAAAUUCAGAUUGAAUUUAUUUGUUUAUAUACUUCACGCACAUAUUUAAAUAAACUAAUUCAUUGUCAUUGUA